GUGGGCGAGUGCUAAUAUAGAUUUACAGUGUCUUAAGAAGACCUUCGUGUCAGAGAGUAAGAUCUAAGCCGUGUCAUCUCUGGAAAGCUUACCAGAGGAGUUGAAGUUGCUUGCAUUCAUUUUCUUUAUGCAAAUAUAACACUUGGCGAGCAAAUACGUUGUUACAGCAAAGUGCAAACUAAGAUUUGACAACCAAAGAAUUAGAGCUGGGUGUUGGCCACGUCUGUAAUAUGGAGUGCAUAUUUUGGGGUAUGGUGGCUGGUUGUGCUGGUUUAGUUUUGUUUUUGGUCAAGCUUGCAACAACGAUAUGGUGGAAGCCUCUGCAAAUGAAAAGGUUCUUUGAAGCCCAAGGAAUCAAGGGCCCUCCAUACAGCCUAUUUUAUGGGAAUACCACAGAUAUAUCAAGAAUGAUCGCUGAGCAGAAGUCAAAACCCAUGCCACUCUCACAUGAUAUACUUCCUCGAGUUCUUCCCCAUUAUCAUCAGUGGAGCAGAGCCUAUGGACAGGAUUUUAUUUUCUGGUUUGGGCAUCGCCCGGUUGGUUGUUCCCCACCCUGAGCUUAUUAAGGAGAUAUGUUCCACUAAAUUUGGCAACUUUAUAAAGCCUCCGGUCAAUCCCCUUUCAAGACAAUUGGUUGGACAGGGAAUUGUGGGUUUGACAGGUGAGAAAUGGGCUCAGCGCAGGAAGAUCAUCAAUCCUGCUUUCCAUAUGGAUCUCUUGAAGGGUAUGAUUCCAACUAUUGUGCAAAGCAGUGCCAAUAUGUUGGACAAAUGGAGUAAAUUGGUAUUGUCAGGCGCAUCAGAAAUUGAAGUGCAAAAGGAGUUCCACGAUCUCACAGCCGAUAUUAUUGCCCGCACAGCAUUUGGAAGCAGUUUUACAGAGGGAAAGCAUAUCUUUGAUAUGCAGGGCAACCAGAUGAUUCUUACAGCUGAAUUAUUUCGCAGUGUUUACAUUCCAGGUUUCAGGUUUCUGCCUACUACAAAGAAUAGGUAACGUUGGAAUUUGGAGAAAGAAAUAAGAAGAUCCUUACGGCAAGUUAUAGAUGCCAGGAAAAAGACUUCUGAGAUGGAAAAAACUGGUGGCUAUGGUGCCGAUCUGCUUGGUUUAAUGAUGUCUCAGAGCAAGGAGCAGGGGACAGUCAAUGUUACGAGUAAUGCAAGCCUGAGUACAGAGGAAAUCAUUGAUGAAUGCAAGACUUUCUACUUUGCUGGUCAUGAAACCACAUCAGUACGGUUGACAUGGAGUAUAAUAUUGUUGGGCAUACAUCAAGAUUGGCAAGAGCAAGGUCGCAGAGAGGUGCUGGAAAUAUGCGGGAGAAACAAUUAUCCAGAUGCAGACUGCUUAAGUCGCCUCAAAAUUGUUGGAAUGAUUAUAAAUGAGGCCUUGAGGCUUUAUCCACCGGCAGUGUCUCUACCGCGACAGGCAUGCGAGUCAAUGAAGCUUGGAAGGCUCUCAAUUCCUGCAGGCACUCAGCUUGAGCUUCCAAUCCUGGCAAUCCAUCAUGAUCCUGCUUUAUGGGGAAAUGAUGCCAACGAAUUCAACCCAGGGCGAUUUGGUGAAGGAAUUGCAAAGGCUGCAAAGCAUCCAAUGGCAUUCAUGCCCUUUGGAACAGGUCCAACCAUAUGUGUGGGUCUGAAUUUUGCUUUGUUGGAAGCAAAAUUAGUGUUGGCCAUGAUUCUGCAAAAAAUUUCUUUUGUGACUUCACCUUCUUAUACUCAUGCCCCUAUGCUUUUAGUUACUCUGAAACCUCAAUAUGGAGCUCAGAUUAUCUUCCACCCACUAGACUAAUAUCUGAGAACAAUAUGUGACAUUCCCUAAGAACCCUUCUAUUUUCUUGUGAGACCCCUAUUCCUCUUGUAACUUGGGUUAGGGGUUGAACUUGUAUUCACAAAAAACAUUGUUGGUUUGUGUGGGGGCAAGAUGGUCAUGAACUCUUGAUAUAAUAAAUGUUAUUAUUAUUGUAUUA